CGCCCUCCCCUCGCGCGCGCGGAGAAGGUAGCUAGCUAUACUAUAGCACAUGAACCCGGCGCCGUCGAGGCCGCAGCGGCAGAGAGGAGGGGGGAUGCCGUCGCGCUACGGCGGCGGCGGCGGCGCCUCGGAGCAGGUUGGCGGCGGCGGCCUGCAGUUCUUCGCUGACGCGCCGCCGCCGGUGGUGGAGCGGGGCGGCGGGGCUGCUGCCACCGCGAGGACGUUCUUCCCGGUGCCGGGCGGCGGAGGGGAGCAGCCUACGGAGCGCGGGAUGAGGCAGCACCAGCACUACGGCGGCGGGAGCGGUGCCGAGAUCUCGCUGGGGCACGGCCACCAUUUCCAUCAGUUCGGCGUCGAGGCGAAGGACGGUGGCGGCGGCGGCGGCGCCGACCAGUCGGCGUUUCUGGCGCGGCACAACAGCUCGCCGCCCGGGUUCUUCUCGAGCCCCGUCAUGGAUAACGGUUUCUCAUCGAGUGGUAGAGCAGGGUCGCUUGGUGAGGUUCGCCAUGCCGCCAUGAGUAGCAGCAGCAACAACAAGAAGAUGAAGGCCCCGUUGAACUUCGCUAGCAGGCAGGGCUCCCUCUCCCAGAUAUCCGAGGAUGGCAUCCCGGACCUCACCGACAACAUGCACGGCGGCGCUCAUGGGCGCUCGGAAGAGAACGUCUCCACCGACCAUGUCGUCCGCUCCUUCUCCGGUGGGUUCUCCAUCGGAUCAUGGGAGGACUCCAACUCCAUUGUGUUCUCCACGUCGACGGGCAAAUCCGGUGUGCACGGCAAUGACGACAUCAUUGCCACCCUUAGCAACUAUGAGUCACAGCUUGUUGCGCCUAGGGAGAUGGCUGGCGUGGAGAAAUACUUGCAGAUGCAGCACGACCAGGUGCCAUUCAGAGUACGGGCCAAGCGUGGAUGCGCGACGCACCCCCGGAGCAUCGCGGAGAGGGAGCGAAGAACAAGGAUCAGUGAGAAGCUCAGGAAGUUGCAGGCCCUGGUGCCUAACAUGGACAAGCAAACAAGUACCUCAGACAUGCUGGACCUAGCAGUUGAGCACAUCAAGGGACUGCAGAGUCAGCUAAAGACUCUGAAGGAAGAUAAGGAGAAGUGCACCUGCAGCUGCAACAGGCAAGCAUCACGGAACAGAUCAUCGGCCGACUAAAAAGCACCGUGCCGCAAACUGCAGCGUUGGCUUUGAUGGCAUUUUCUCCUUGGUCCCCAAAACAUGUUUGCCCAGGCAGCAGGAAAGGUAUAAUUAACAGGCAGCCUAGCGGGACAAGGGGCACCUGUUUCUUCCAACCGAAUCAAGUCGUCUGAAACCUUUAUCAGUGCGUCAGUCCAAUCUUUUCUUCUUCUUUUUUUGUCGUGUGAGCGAUCACCCCUUUUGUUGAUCUGUAAAAGAUUGGAACUAGAACUAGAAAUUUCUUCCGUUAACAAGGGGCGCAGCUGCUCUGGAAUUUCCUUUUUUUUUUCUUGUAUGUUCUAGCUAGCCUGUUGCUGUGGUAAAUAGUGAUUGGUUUAGUCGGCCGUUGACAAAAUAAGCUGAUUGUCGGUUUCACGGUAUUCCCCACCAUCUAGCAAGAUUCAGUGAUAUCAUGUUUAGUUCAGAA